UUCAUACUCCCUGAUUAGGAAAGCACUUACAACAAGUGUAGCUUUGGAAAGGCUCAGAUACAUUGUUCAUGGCUCAAAUCACUCUGCUAAAGGACUCUUGAGAUUAAAUUUUAAUCAACUUUAAGUAAACUCAAGAGCAACUGAAAGUCAAGAAAAUCUGCUGGUCAAGUGAGCUACACGGGACUUCAGGCAAGAACAGUCAUGGGGAUACUUUAUUCAGAGCCCAUUUGCCAGGCAGCUUAUGAUAAUGACUUCAAUCAAAUUCAACUGCUGCUGGAAGAGGACAGCAAUUAUUUGAACAUUCAAGACAGCUUUGGGGGAGACACCCCCCUAAUCUGUGCGUGCAGACAGGGACACAACAGAAUAGUCAGUUUCCUUUUGAAAUGGAAAGCGGAUGUGAACAUCAGAAACAAGAAAGAUCGCACAUGUUUGCAUUAUGCUGUGAGAAAACGGUUUAGUUUCCUUGACUACCUGCUUAUUAUCAUCCUAAUGCCUGUUCUGCUUAUUGGCUAUCUUAUCAUGGUAUCAAAAACUAAACAGAAUGAAAACCUAAUCAAGAUGUUACUUCGAGCUGGCACAGAUGUUAAUGCUACAGACUAUUCUGGUAACACAGCCCUUCACUAUGCCUGUGAAAUGAAAAAUCAGUCCGUUGUCCCUCUACUACUUGAAGCCCAUGCAGACCCUUCUAUAAAGAAUAAGAAUGGGGAGUCUCCACUGGAUAUAGCGAGAAGAUUAAAGUUCACCAACAUUGAAUGUGUGUUAAAGAAGGCAUCCUAGUCCUUAAUGAGAUGAUAAGAGUGUUAAGUAGAUUUUUUUUUCAUGCCUAUCUGGGCACUCCCUGUUGUACAGUACCAAGAAUGCCCUGGAGGCAUUUUUUUUUUUGUUUUUUAAAAUAUUUGAUGUUUG